AUGUCCCAUGUCGUCAACGGGAUCGACCUUCGCUUUCAAAACCUGAGAACCAAUCGAGUUAAGGUGGUUGUAUCCAGAUACAUUAUAGCAGAUACCCCAUCAGCCUUCCACUGGACAUCUGACAAAUUUAAGGCACAUCCUCGGGAUCUGGUCUAUGCUGACGAACUUUUGAACAAACUCAUAAAAUGGCGAUAUAGAAUGGGAAUGGAGCUACCUGUACACGAUCACGUUAUUUUGUUCACUGGGAAUGACCUGUACAGACCAACUCUGGCGAAUAAAGGAGUUGCAGGAUUUGCACGUGUUAAAUCCAUGUGCACACAGACAAGUGCGUCGAUUGUCGAGGAACAUGGCGGAUUUAACAGCAUCCUGACCGCUACCCACGAAAUAGGACACAGUUUAGGGGCUUACCAUGACGGACACAAUAACUCCUGUGUUGGGGAGGAUAACUACAUUAUGACACCCAUUGGAGGAUCUGCUACACCGUCAAACGCACUAAAUCCUUUUCAGUUUUCGCCAUGCUCAGAGGAAGCCUUUCAAUCGUACCUGGAUUCAUUACCAAUGAAUAACUGUUUGACUGACGAGACGGAUAUCUUCGAUGAGGAGGAGUUUCAAGAACAUCUUAAGGAGGCAGCUGGGCAGUUGUAUGGUCCAAAUGAACAGUGUAAACAACACUUAGGGAAAGAAUCAUACUAUGCAUGGGGUGGUAUUUUAGGUGACGCCUCGGAGGUGUGCACACAUAUGGCCUGUAAGAACUCAAUGUCUGACACGAGUUUCAAUAUAUACUAUGGUGCACGUGGGACGUCAUGCGGAAACAAACAUUGGUGUAUCGAUGGGGUUUGUACCUAUUCCUCAGAGGCCCCAGUUCGAAAAGCUGGGCGACACGACACCACGAGUUUUAUGAGAGGUAAUUUAGAUGGAACACUCUCUGAGAUGAUCACGGAAGAGAGCCUUGACAGUCAGUUACACGAACUGAAGGAGGACACCAGGAAAACAUUUCCGAAAAUAGUGGAAACACUGGAAGGACGAAUUUCCGUCCUGGAAGAAGAAAAUAAGAAGCUGGGCGAAAAUAUUUCUCGUUUAGAAUCACGGCUUUUGUCUGCAAUGGAAAACAAAGCAGCACUGAUCAGAAAGAACGACACUGAACAGCAGGAUCGAAAUAGUUCUGUUAGAGUUGUUGGAGUAAAGGGAUAA